UCUAUUAAUAGCACUUGCCGAGAAAAGCAAGAUGGCGGCGCUCAGCAGAAAACGCUUGACGGACAUUCACAAGCAUCUCAUCAAUGGGCGAACGGCGGCUUUUGCUCGAUUAUUUCAUUCCACAAGACUGAAUCAGCAAAAUGAACAUUCAGAACAACAAGAAGGAGAGUUCAGAGUGUUUGAGAUCGAAGGUCUGAAGCCUGUGAAAACAGAAAGGUUUGCAAGACGACAAAAAAAGAAACCACCCCCACCACGGUUCCGAAGUAUGGCAACGGAUCAGGACUGGACAGACGUCUGGCCCACAGCGUCAACAUUUAAAUGGUCUGCUGUUCCUUUCCCAGUUCGUCAAGGCUUUGUUGAGAAUUCCUCAGAAAAUGAAGGUGUAGUUCCUGCAAAAUAUGCUAACUUGGAACUGAUGAAGCCUCCCAACUUCCUUCACUUGACACCUGCUCAUGUGAAAAAACACUGUGAUGCUUUAAAAAAAUUCUGCACUGCCUGGCCUGAGGGGUUGGAGACAGAGGAAGACUGUCGUCAUCAUUUUCCUGUUGAGUCGGUCACCAGUGACUAUGUGUUUGCUGCCCCGUCCCUUAGAGAUGACAGAGCUCGAGUCGCUUCAAUAAAGUUAAACCUCUCUGAUUUGGAGCUGGAUUACCAUUCGAGGGAUAAGUUUAUCCGAUUAGUGGGUGAUCGAUAUAAUCCUGACACAGAUGAAGUGAUCUUUGAAAGUGACAGAUGUCCACUGAAGUCUCAGAAUCUGGAAUACGUCAACUUCUUGUUAACAGCUGUUUAUUUUGAAUCAUGGAAACGUGAAGGCUGGGAGGACCAGAAAGAGUUGUCUGACAUGGAGAGUUACUUUUGGGACAUAAAUGCCUCCAGGAAAAAUAUGGUUAGUCUUCUGAGGACUAUCAAGGAAGCAGAUGAGAAGUCUCCUGAGGCUGACAAAGGUUUGGGUUAUCUCCCCUCGGACGUGGCGAACGAGGACGCCAUCUGCCAGCUGGAGGAGGUACAGCAGUACAAGGUGGCCGUGGAGGAGCUCUUCAACGAAGGGGAAAACAUCGAAACUCUAAACAACUACAAGGCAGCCGUGACCAAAUUAUUGAAUCUGAAGAGUGAUGCAGCAGUAUAGUUUUGUUCUAUGCUUUUCUUUAUGGUGUGUUUUAGUGAUGCUGUGGUGUGACUGACGUUGAAUGUGUUUCACAGUGAAUGUGUAGAGAGUAUGAGUGGGGAACUUGGUGCUGCAAAGUCAGAUAUGGUGACCGUAUUUUUGUAAGAUUAGUUGGAUGUUGUUUUCCCAAUUGAAGAUUGUGUGAUUUAAAUAUGGUGAGUGUCAUGAAAGUGUGGAGAGUGAGCUUGAUGCAACUUUGGUCAGAAAAGUAUGUUUUUUAAACCAUCAGUAUGUUUUAAAUUUUAUUUUAGGAUACUGUGAUAGUGUUUUUUGAAAAGUAUGAUUGAUGAAUUUGUGAGUCGGAGAGUGAAGCCCUACCACUCUUUGCACAAAUUGUCAGUCAGUGUGACGAACUACUGGAGUGAAAUGAGUUCAAUGACUUUUGUAGACUGCAUGUUUUUCUUGUUUUUGUUUUGAUGGCUUUGUUUACUGGGAAUGUAUGUGAUGUGAUCGAAGAUGUUGAUAAAGAGAAUUAUAGCAUGUUCAAUGUAAAUAAAUGUAAAGAAAAUCA